AUGUCGUCGCCAAAGACUAAAUCACCGGCUGGGCCCUCAUCCCCGGCGUCUGGGCCCAAGUCGACACCGUCUCCACAGACCGAACUUAUUCCCGCCGCAGACAACGAUGACGAUGUUCGAGAUGACGCCGACUCAACACUUGAAACAGACGCUGACAGCUCAACUGCCUCUGUUUCUUCAAGCAUCCUUCAUUACAGAAGUAUUCAGGGUCGCACGUUCCACAGCGACAAGUUCGUGACUGAGUAUUCCUUUCCGAAUGAUGAACAACAACUCGAGUCUGUUGACAUCAGCCAUCAUUACUUGACGGUUCUGCUCGACGGUCAGUUAUAUCUGGCACCCAUUGGAGAUAACGUCCAGAAAGCACUUGACGUUGGUACCGGAAGUGGGAUCUGGGCAAUAGACUUCGCAGAUCAGUUCCCCCAAGCUGAAGUGACAGCAACCGAUCUCUCACCAACACAGCCAAAAUGGGUCCCCCCAAAUGUACGUUUUGAAAUUGACGAUGCCACCGAAUCAUGGACCUGGAGAGACAACACCUUUGAUUUCGUCCACAUGCGUUAUCUCUUCGGAGCUAUCCAAGACUGGACCGCUUUAUACCAACAGGCCUACCGUGUUUGUACGCCUGGCGGUUGGGUCGAGUCCGUCGAAGCCGACAUUCAUUUCCGCAGCGACGAUGGCACAGCUGAAGAACAAGAGGUCUAUAAGUUGUGCAACAAGUUGUAUGAAGAGGGCGGCAAAGCGAUUGGUCGAACGUUCUUUGUGCAUGACUUGCAACCAAAGGGAAUCGAAGAGGCGGGGUUUGUGGACAUCAAGACAACAGACUACAAGAUUCCAAUUGGGGAUUGGCCCAAAGACUCAAAGCUGGCCGAGGUCGGCCGAUUUGUCAAGCUGACAUUGGAGAAUGAUAUUGAAGGAUAUACUCUGCUGUUGUGGAAUAAUGUGCUGCAGUGGCCAAAGGAUGAGUACCAAGUGUUCCUGAUGGGUAUACGAAAGGCCCUUCGCAACCGCAAGAUACAUGGUUAUUUUGUAGUGCGCUAUGUAUAUGGCCGCAAGCCGGAAUAA